GGCGACGGAGGUAAAGUUCUGCGGCUCAGACUCUGAAGGAUCACAGUCCAGCGAAUGAGGAGUGCAUUCACGCACCAUGUUCUGCGAUUUGAACACUGUUGCUUGAGAAAAGGAAGACUGCUGUAAACUUGCAAUCAUGUUUUGGACUAUUUUGUUGCCGUAUUGUGUGACUUUUGUGUUGGGAAAUAAGACCGACGAACGAAUACCUUUCUUCCACGGCCAUGUGUUUGAAAACUCUCCAACUGGCUCAAAAGUGAACGGACUGAGUAUCCCGGUGAAGCGCAUCGACCCGCAGAGAUGGUGCUCCAAGUCCGGGACGCACCUGAAACUCCUGGGGGACCGGAGUGAAGAUUUCCACGUCUUCGCCCAUCACAAGCGAGGACACAUAUUACUGAAAACCUCUAACGUUCUCGAUCGAGAGGAGCGCGCUGAGUAUUUCCUCAGUCUCGCGCUGUGCUGUCAGAGCUGCGCGUCAGCCGAGCGCGUCGUGGCCGAAGUUGCUUCUAUUAAAGUGGACGUGCUCGACACGAACGACCACGAGCCCACUUUCCAACAUGCAGACGUGAAAAUAACUUUGGACGACGCCACGGCCCUGAGGUCGGUGGUGUACACGGUGAAAGCGGAGGACAUUGACAGCGGCAAAAACGCCGAGCUCAUAUACUACGCGCUCCCGAGAAACGGCAGUUUCUAUGUAGUGCCCAAAACCGGCGACAUCCUCCUCGUGGACUCGAUUCUCGGUCUCGCGCAGUCAAUAAAGUUCAGCGUGUUUGCGCGAGACCACGGCUGGCCCGCUCGGACCAGUCAGAAUAUGGAUAUAGAGAUCAGUCCGCGCCAAUGGCCAGCUCUUCCUAAGCUCGAUAAGCGACUCUCGAGAAAGUCUCGCUCCGUGCCGGAGCCGGUGCUUAUCACUGUGUCCGAAGACGCGAGUAUCGGCUCCGUCAUAAUGAAUCUGCACCCGGUGAGGUUUCAGUCCGCAAGUUUUGAGCUGAUUCACCCGGACGCGGAUAACUCUCCAGUCACCGUGAGUCGGGACAGCGGAGAUUUGGUUAUAUCAAGGCGGCUCGACCGAGAGACGCAGCCGCUAGUGGAGAUAACUGUCAAAGUGCAAGAUAAGCGAGGUUCAGACUGGUAUACAGUGAGAGUGGAUUUGACGGUGAUGGAUGUCAAUGAUAAUGCCCCAGAAUGGAUGAUGGUCCCUUUCCCCUACCUGAGUGUGGUCUCUGCUAAUGCCCCACCAAACACACUGGUCUACAAGCUUCAAGCCAGAGAUGGUGAUGAGGGCAUCAAUGGAGAGGUGGAAUACUUCCUGUCUGAUGGAGGUGACGGGAGAUUUGAGGUGGACAGGAAGAACGGUUACAUGCGGACGACAGGCCUCCCCCUGCAAAGAGACAGAGAAUACCUACUCACAGUGGUGGCUGCUGAUCGGCAGGGCAGCCGCAGUCCUCCCGCUGUAGUGUCUAUCAUCGCAGGCCCAAGAGCUCCUCAGUUCACCAACGCGUCUUAUACAAUUUCCAUACCAGAAAACACACCAGAAGGCCAACCCUUCCUAGUCACUCCAGCAGUGUCCUUCCAAAAACAGCUUGUAACUUACAGCCUGCUCAUCAAUCCCAGCAGUCUUUUCAGCAUCCAGCCAGAGACGGGGGAGAUCAGUCUGACCCGUACUAUAGACUAUGAGAGUGACCAGCACCGCUACCUGCUACUGGUGCGGGCCAGUGAGAAUCAGGACAGUCUCAGUAGUGCUGCUGAGGUGCGAGUGAUCAUCACAGAUGAGAAUGACUGUGUUCCUGAGUUCCAGCAGUCCAUUUAUAGCAAAGACGGUGUCCCUGAGACAGUCAUGACUGCAACAUCGCUUCUGCAGGUAUCAGCCAGUGAUUGUGAUUCGGAGCAGAAUGCAGAGAUCACAUACUACACGCUUAGUCCAGAUUUCAUAAUUUCAGCCCAUGGCACCAUAUUCCCGGCAGGCCCUCUGGAUUACGAGAGGCCCAACCACCUGUAUGAAUUCGUAGUGAUGGCGGUGGAUAAGGGUGAGCUGUCCCGCACCGGCACGGCCACUGUGCGUCUUCGUAUGGCCAAUGUCAACGACGAGCCUCCAGAGUUCUCGCAGCCUGUGUAUCAGACCUUUGUCUCUGAGGACGCAGGGCCCAAUACUCUGGUUGCAACAGUUCUGGCCAAGGACCCAGAUGGAGAUGGGAUCACAUACAAAAUUACAGCAGGCAAUGAAGGCGGCAACUUUGUCAUCGACAGUCAGAAAGGAUUGAUCCGUCUCCGCUCCAGCCCAUCUCCUAGACUUCAGGGACUAAAGUACAUCCUGAACGUAACGGCAACAGAUGAUAACGCCUCCAGUGGGCCGCAGUCACUCUCCGCCAUUGCCCAGGUCAUUGUAGGAGUAGACGAUGUGAACAACAACAAACCUGUGUUUGAAAAGUGUGCUGAGUAUAAAGACAAGUCAUCAGUUCUGGAAAAUAAGCCAGCGGGAACAUUUGUGCUGCAGGUCCAUGCAGAUGAUGCUGAUGAAGGAGCCAAUGGAAAAGUCACAUAUGGUUUUAUGCAUAAAGACAGCACUGUUCCUGCCUUCAGCAUUGAUCCAGAAACAGGUGUUAUCGUAACUGCUAUGACGUUUGAUCGGGAGAGGCAGAGAGAGUAUGCAGUAACAGUGACGGCCACGGACCAAGCGGCGGACCCCCUCAUAGGCAUCUGCCAGCUCAACAUUCUUAUCCUCGACGAGAAUGACAACAGCCCCAAAUUUGAGAACCUGCGCUACGAAUACUUCUUACGUGAGGACACCAUGAUCGGGACCAGUUUUCUGCGAGUGGCUGCACAUGAUGAUGAUUACAGCACUUACGCGGCCAUCACUUACUCCAUGUCCGAGGAGCAGCCGGAGUAUCUACGAGUGAAUCCACUCACUGGCUGGAUCUACGUAAACCAGCCAAUCUCGCAGAGGACCUACAUCAGCAGGCAGAUCAUCGCUACAGAUGGAGGGAAUCAGAGCAGUUCAGUCGAGCUGGCAGUCACCAUCACUAACGUGAAGAACCAGCCUCCACAGUGGGAGAAGGACACGUAUGAGGUCGUCAUACCUGAAAACACUGUCAGAGACACUCCAGUUGUGACUAUCAAGGCCACCUCUCCGCUGGGCGACCCGAGGGUGACUUAUAACUUGGAGGAUGGAUUGGUGCCAGAGAGCAACAUGCCUGUUCGUUUUUACCUAACCCCGAAUCGUGAAGAUGGCUCUGCUUCUAUACUUGUCGCAGAGCCCUUGGACUAUGAGAUGACCCGCAACUUCAUGCUUAGGGUUCGAGCUCAGAAUGUGGCUCCUGUUCCCCUGGCUGCCUUCACUACUGUUCACAUAAACAUCACAGAUGUCAAUGACAACGUUCCAUUCUUCACCUCCUCCAUAUGCGAGGCAUCUGUGACUGAAGGGGCGGAAAUUGGGACUCUAGUUCUCCAGGUGUCAGCUAAUGAUCUUGACCUGGGACUGAAUGGGAAGAUCUCAUACUCCCUACUGAAUGACCGUAGUGGAGACUAUCAGUACUUCCGCAUUGAUCCUGAGCUGGGCACCAUCUACACAGAGGCUGUGUUUGAUCGAGAGACCAAGGAAUCUUACCUUUUGGAAGUGAAGUCAGUAGAUGGCUGGGAAUCAGCCAGGCCAGGGAAGCAUGGACAGCCUAACUCAGAUACUGCGUAUGUGCGUAUUUUCAUCAGCGACGUGAACGAUAACAAGCCGGUGUUUGCGCAGUCUGUGUAUGAAGUCGACGUGGAUGAGGAUGCUGACGUGGGCUCCACCAUCCUCACAGUCAGCGCUAAUGAUGAAGAUGAAGGUGCUAACGCCAAGUUACGCUACCAAAUUACAUCAGGCAAUGUGGGAGGUGUUUUUGACAUGGAGCCCGAGGUGGGAACCAUCUUCAUUGCCCAGCCAUUGGACUAUGAACAGAACAAGUUCUAUAAGUUGCACAUCUUGGCCUCCGAUGGGAAGUGGGAAGACUACGCUACUGUAAUAGUGACUGUUGUGAAUAAGAACGAUGAGGCACCUGUGUUCUCUGUGAACGAGUACUACGGCAGUGUGACAGAGGAGAUGGACGGUUCUCCUGUCUUUGUGUUGAAGGUAACAGCAUCUGACCCAGAUAACGAUGCUGACCAGGAGGCUUUGAGAUAUUCCCUUCAUGGUCAAGGUGCUGAGAGCGAGUUCAUUAUUGACGAGGUCACGGGGAAGAUAUAUGCUCAGAGAACAUUAGAUCGUGAGGCCCGGGCAGUGUGGCGUUUUGUGGUCCUGGCCACGGAUGAGGGUGGCGAGGGACUAACGGGUUUCACCGAUGUCAUUAUCAACGUGUGGGACAUAAACGACAACGCUCCUAAUUUUGCUUGUGCUCCAGACAGUUGCCAUGGUGACGUAUCUGAGAACUCCCCGCCUGGCACUUCCGUCAUGGAGAUGACAGCCACUGAUCUAGAUGAUGCGGCUGUCGGACAAAACGCAAUGCUGGCCUAUAGAAUUGUGGGUAACGCUGCCCUAAAUGGAGCUAACAACGGAGCAGAUGUGUUCAGCAUCAAUCCCGCUACUGGGACUGUUUCAGUGGCAAUGUCAAGCCUAGACAGGGAACAGACUGAUUCGUACGUCUUGGUGGUUGAAGCACGAGAUGGUGGAGGUAUGAUAGGAACGGCUACCGCGACUAUACACGUGACGGACAUCAAUGACCACGUCCCACGUUUCCUGGACCGCACGUGCUCCGUACGCAUCCCUGAGAGCAGUGAUCCCAACACGCUGAUCAUAGAACUUGAAGCAGAGGAUGCGGAUGCUGGAGAGAAUGGCCAGCUGACCUUCAGUGUGGUGGCCGGUGACCCCGAACAGAAGUUUUACAUGGUGAGUCAUCGACAGGAGCAACGCGGGACCCUUCGUCUCAAGAAGCAUCUGGAUUACGAAAGACCAGGUGAGCAACGCUUCAACCUCACCAUAAAAGUGGAAGAUAUGCAGUACUCCAGCCUGCUGCACUGCACUCUUGAGAUCGAAGACUGCAACGACCACGUGCCGGUCUUCAUUCCUCACUUUAUACAGCUUCCAGCCGUACGAGAGGAUGUCGCUCCAGGAACUAGCGUGGCGAGUGUGGCUGCCAGUGAUUUGGACUCGGGGUUGAAUCGUGAGAUCACUUAUAGCAUUGCUUCAGAGUCUGAUCCUUACCAUCUGUUUUCUGUGGACCAGUCAGGGUUGGUCACUGUGGCUAGUGAGCUGGACCGGGAAAAGGUCGCACAGCAUCAUUUGGUUAUACUUGCGACAGACCACGGCACGCCACCGUUGACUGGCACCGCAACUAUCCAGAUGGCUCUGCUGGAUGUCAACGACAACGGCCCUGAGUUUGAGGCUGCAUACGCACCAAUAGUGUGGGAGAACUUUUUGGGCCCACAGGUUGUGCGGCUUAACCAGAGCUCCACAUUACUAAAAGCCAUGGACCGAGAUUCAGAGGAGAAUGGCUCACCCUUUUCCUUCUCUGUGCCUCUGGAGUAUCGUUACAGCAAUGAUUUCCGCCUGCAGGAUAAUGGGAAUGACACUGCCACCAUCACCGCCCUGAGAGCCUUCGACAGGGAAAGACAGAAAGAGUUUCUACUACCUGUCAUUAUGACUGAUAGCGGCAGUCCACCAAAGACCGUCACAAACACACUCACUAUCACCAUCGGCGACGAGAAUGACCAUGCCCAUAUAGCUGGACAGAAGAAAGUGUUCAUCAACUGUCACAGAGGGAGAAUGCCAACCAAUGUACUGGGGAAGGUUUACUCACCAGAUCCAGAUGACUGGGAUAACAAGACGUAUGCCUUCGAGGGACAUGUUCCUAAUUAUUUUAUCCUGAACAAGCGGACAGGGUUCCUCAUGCUAAAGGAGAACGCUCCUCCUGGGAGUUAUGACUUUCAGGUUCGAGUGUCAGAUGGGCUGUGGCCGGAUGCCGUCUCUAGCGUGAAGGUGAAUGCGAGAGAGCUACGGGACGAUGCCAUCUACAACUCAGCCUCUCUGAGAUUAGCAGGGUUCCUCAUGCUAAAGGAGAACGCUCCUCCUGGGAGUUAUGACUUUCAGGUUCGAGUGUCAGAUGGGCUGUGGCCGGAUGCCGUCUCUAGCGUGAAGGUGAAUGCGAGAGAGCUACGGGACGAUGCCAUCUACAACUCAGCCUCUCUGAGAUUAGCAGGUACAGGUGAUGUUUACCUCAUGACAGCAUGA